GGAUUAACAGUGGGUAUAAAGGAUCUUUUUGGGGUGAUAGACAUGUUCUAUCUGCUUUGUGCUUUAGUGUGAUGGUUGCACAACUUGGUAAAUUUGCUAAACAUCACUGUCCACUUGAAAUGGAUUAACUAUCAGAUAUACAAAACAUACCUCAUAAAGUCAGAGGAGGCAAUGUGAAGGGUGUGAUGGAGGAAGAGAGAGAGACACACAGAGAGACAGAUGAGAAUGGCUGGAGCCAGGCUGUUUGGAUCUGAAACCUGGCAAGUCUAACCUCUUUGCCUCAGCUUCCUGUUAGUAAAAUUGGGAAAAAUAAGUUACUAAUCACAAAACAGUGUUGGAAAGAUUGUGAUAGUACAUGAAGAAUACUAAACAGAAUUUGGACCAUAGAGAGGACUCAAUAAAAUAUUAGCCAUAAUAAUAAUAAUAAUAGUUAUUAUUGAUAGUAGUAGUUAACCUACCAAGGAUCCAGCUCUGAUUUAGAUAACUUAAUUCAAACCUUGGAGAAGGAUUGGAAUGCAGUUUGCGGUUGGCAAUUACUAGUCCUGUGGACAUGACUUUUGGGGUAUCUGAAAGGCUAAAACACAGGAUUUGUCAGGCAUAUGCAGGCUGGGGGAUUGGAGCACUGGAACCUUGCAGACGAAAGCUGCUUCUUCAUGACAGCGUCGUAUAUAGAGGCAUUAGCUGCUGCCCAUAAACAUGGGAGCAACGUGAUAUUUUAACCCCAGUCCAACAACUUUUUAAGGUUAUAUCCCACAAUGGAGCAGGUCCUCCUGGGGCAGAGGACAGGUGAUCUGGAGGCAUGGAGGAGGGACGCCUUGCCUAGGAGGGUUUCUAGAGGAAGAGACAUCUCAGUGAGACUUAAGAAUCCCCUGACAUUUCCCAGAUAAAGGGUGAGGAGAGUUACCCAGGCAGAGGAUAUAGCUUGAGCAAAACUCAGAGGCGACAUGGAGCUUGAUGAAUUCAGUAAAGGGCUGAUAUGAAGAGCAGAGUAAUAAGAAAUAAGGCUGGGGUCCCAUGGAGGGCCUUGUGAGCCAUGAUAGAGAAUAAAGAAUGUGGAUUUCUCCUGAGGACAGUGAGGAUCAGUGAAGAAGCCUAAGCAGGUGCUAGGACCAGCUCAGAUACCUUCAGUGAGGUGGUCCCAAUGGCACCCCCACACCACACCUUGAGGGAUCCUGCUCUGUUGAUUAGGAGAAAAUAAAUGCCUUCCUAGAUGUUUGCCUUUAGCCUGCUUGAGCGCAGGCGCCCCUCCAAGGACCACAUCCCUACUAGUGUCUGGCAGAAAAACUGUUUCAUGUUUCCCACGAGGGGCAUAAAAGGCAUCAUGUGGUGGCGGAGAGCCUGUCUGUAAGGCCAGACCUCAGAGAAGCAGAGGACUUGUAAAUGCUUCAUACACUCCACCCUGGGUGUCUGCUCUGGCUGAGAGCCCAUUAAUAAGCCCCAGCGGCUGAGGGGCAGGUAUUGUGCCGGUUACUAUAGCAUCACCUUGGAAAGGAUCACUCCGUGAGAGCCACGGGCUGAGUGAGGCAGGAGGGGGAUGUGGUCAGAAGCAGCAGGAGGGGCUGGAGAAAGGCUGCAGUUGCUGUCGCUGGUCUCAGGACACCUUGUGGGCUGGAGCCCACUUCAGCUUCUCCAGCUGCAGCCCCAGGGAGGGAGUGAGGCUGCGCUCAGCCUGAGAGUGGCUGCCAGAGACAGCGCCACAGGCUGCUGCUGAGCUUGUAGCUUUCAAGGGACUGAAUUCCCAGCCAGACACUACUUGGCCUCUUUUUGCGGGGAGGGGGAGCGGUUUGUCUCCUCUUGAAAGAUCUGGGCUGGGUUUCAUCUCCUUUUUGAUUUUAAGUAGUUACCUCCAUGAGAACUGACUUCAGGGUGUUCAUCGAGGGAAGCAGAGUGGUCCCCAUGCUGGAAAUGAGAAAGCAUGACAGUUUCUGAGACUUGACUCUUAGUGCUCGGAGGUCCCCCAUACCCAUUCAAAAUGCCUUUUAAAGCAUUUGAUACCUUCAAAGAAAAAAUUUUGAAACCUGGAAAGGAAGGAGUGAAGAACGCCGUGGGAGAUUCGUUGGGGAUUUUACAAAGAAAAAUCGAUGGGACCAAUGAUGAAGAAGAUAACACUGAGCUGAAUGAAGAAGGAAGGCCAGUGCAGACUUCCAGGCAGAGGCCCCCACUCUGCAACUGCCACUGCUGUGGCAUCCCCAAGCGUUACAUCAUUGCCAUUAUGAGUGGGCUGGGAUUCUGCAUUUCCUUUGGGAUUCGCUGCAAUCUUGGAGUUGCCAUUGUGGAAAUGGUCAACAACAGCACUGUAUAUGUUGAUGGAAAACCAGAAAUUCAGACAGCACAGUUCAAUUGGGAUCCAGAGACAGUGGGCCUUAUCCAUGGAUCUUUUUUCUGGGGUUAUAUUGUGACACAAAUUCCAGGUGGUUUCAUUUCAAAUAAGUUUGCUGCUAACAGGGUCUUUGGAGCUGCCAUCUUCUUAACAUCAACCUUGAACAUGUUCAUCCCUUCUGCAGCCAGAGUGCAUUACGGCUGUGUCAUGGGUGUCAGAAUUUUGCAAGGUCUAGUGGAGGGUGUGACUUACCCAGCCUGCCAUGGGAUGUGGAGUAAGUGGGCACCACCUUUGGAGAGAAGCCGACUGGCCACAACCUCUUUUUGUGGUUCCUAUGCAGGGGCAGUGAUUGCCAUGCCUCUGGCUGGGGUGUUGGUACAGUACAUUGGAUGGGCCUCUGUCUUUUAUAUUUAUGGUAUGUUUGGGAUUAUUUGGUACACAUUUUGGCUGCUGCAGGCCUAUGAAUGUCCCGCUGCUCACCCAACAAUAUCCAGUGAGGAGAGGACCUACAUAGAGACAAGUAUAGGAGAAGGAGCCAACGUGGUUAGUCUCAGUAAAUUUAACACACCAUGGAAAAAAUUUUUCACAUCGUUGCCAGUUUAUGCAAUCAUUGUGGCAAAUUUUUGCAGAAGCUGGACCUUUUAUUUGCUGUUAAUAAGUCAGCCUGCUUAUUUUGAAGAGGUCUUUGGAUUUGCAAUAAGUAAGGUGGGUCUCUUGUCAGCAGUCCCACACAUGGUUAUGACCAUCAUUGUGCCGAUUGGAGGACAAUUGGCUGAUUAUUUAAGAAGCAGAAAAAUUUUGACCACAACUGCUGUCAGAAAAAUCAUGAACUGUGGAGGUUUUGGCAUGGAGGCAACCUUACUCCUGGUGGUUGGCUUUUCCCAUACCAAAGGGGUGGCCAUCUCCUUUCUGGUGCUUGCUGUAGGAUUUAGUGGCUUUGCUAUUUCAGGUUUUAACGUCAACCACCUGGACAUUGCCCCGCGCUAUGCCAGCAUUCUCAUGGGGAUCUCAAAUGGAGUGGGAACUCUCUCUGGAAUGGUCUGUCCCCUCAUUGUCGGUGCAAUGACCAAGCACAAGACUCGUGAGGAAUGGCAGAAUGUGUUCCUCAUAGCUGCCCUGGUGCACUACAGUGGCGUGAUCUUCUAUGGGGUCUUUGCUUCUGGGGAGAAACAGGAAUGGGCUGACCCUGAGAAUCUCUCUGAGGAGAAGUGUGGAAUCAUUGACCAAGAUGAGUUAGCUGAGGAGACAGAACUCAACCAUGAGAGUUUUGCAAGUCCCAAAAAGAAGAUGUCUUAUGGUGCCACCACCCAGAAUUGUGAAGUCCAGAAGGAGAAAUGGAGAGGACAGAGAGGAGUGACCCUCGAUGAGGAAGAGCUGACGUCCUACCAGAAUGAAGAGGGAAACUUCUCAGACACAGCCUAGUGUCUGAAGGGCACUUCCAUCUUCUCCUCACCUUAGAACCAGAAAGUAUCCAUACCUAUUACCUUCCCCAUAGCCUGGCUUGCCGGAGAGUCAAUAUGGGGACACUGGAGGUAGGAGGGGGAGGAAAGGAAACCUGACCAGCAAUAGAGAAGAGAAAAGAAAAAUAUCUUGCAAUGACACUUAUGGGUAUGGAGCUUGCUCUCAGUUGACAAAAUGGGUAUAAAAAUAUAAUAUUUUUGGAUUGUCAGUAGACUCUUCUCAAAGAAGAGUUCUCAAAGUUCAGUUCUCAAAGCUCUGAACUUAUUCAGAAAGGAAUGACUAGAAGAAUAAGGGAGACAAUACCAUGCGAUGCAAAGAAAAAUGGAAGGAAUUGAGCAUAUUUGGCCUGGAGCAGAGAAAACAAGAGCUGUCAUCACAUUUCUGAGGGCAGCCACGCAGAAGAGGGUUUCCUAUUCCUAAUAAAGGCUACUGCUCAUGGGGACCCUGCAUCGUGCCAGGAGCUUUAUAAACAUUCUCAUUUCAUUUCCACACCUCUAUGACAUACAUUUAUUAUCUUCAUUUUACAACUAAGGAAGCUAAAGCAACACAAUAUUGAUUUGUCCGAAGGCCAGGGCUGAGAUUCACAGGGUCCAAAAUAGGUGGCAGUCUUGGGGAAGAAGUUUUCACCUCAGUAUAGAGAAGGCACAUUUUUUUAAUAUUGAAAACUGAAAAUGGAGAGGGUGGUCUUGUGGAUAAUUCCCUAUUUUGGCAGGCAUGGAGAAUGGGAAACAUCUGCCAUAUCAACAUCUGGUUUGAUAUGGCAGAAAGCAUUGUCAUUGUAGCAGGGGCUGGAUUCAAAGAUCCUGGGUUCAGAGAGAGGUUAGAACAUAAAAAAGAAAAGAAAAGAACACAAAAAGAAAAUAAAAAGGAAAGAAAGAAAAGGAACAAUGAAAAGGGAAAAAGCUGAAUAAGAUGGCUAAAUUUCUAAGAAUCUGGUGUCCAGAAUGGCUGAGAAGAAGUAAAGAAGGGUUUGGCUGAAUUUCAACCCUUCAAAAUAUCAAGAAUUUAGUUAAGUAAAUAAUGUCUCAAAUUACUUAUACAUCUUUAAGACAUUUAGUAAUUUAAGAAAUUGGUUCACAUGUUUUAUUAGGUAAAAUUCUCUUGAAAGAGUCUUCUGUUUUAAAAAAUGUAUGUCUUUAGACAUUUCUGCUGGUCAUAUUUGGAAGUUUGAUGAAACUACGCACAACUAUGAUUGAAGUAUUCCUAAUGAGUGUAUUUGGAAUGUUACUGAGGAAAACCAUAAUAAUAUGGCAGUAAUUAUAUAGGGAAAUGAAAUGAGAGCAUGAUAGAAAACACCUGUGACAACUAGACCAACAGUGCUGAAAAAUUCAUCUUUGAUCACAUAAGGCAAUAGCGUGGAUACUCUCUGGAUAAAUCUUAAAAUUUAAUGACAUUAAAAAAAAUUUAAAUUGGCGCAUAAAGGAUUGUUUGAAAAUAAAAUUAUUUUCCUGUUUAUUGGUUUGAAAUUUUCAUUUCUACUUUUGGAAGAAAAAUAUAAUAUUAAAGAAAAAAUUAGCUUUACUUGUAGCUUAUUAUUAUAAAGUGUUUUUUGUAAUUUCUUCUAUAUACAUUUCUGGUCCCUUAUUGUACCAGCAGAGUUGUAGUGUAUUUUUAAAAAAGAAUAAUUUUGAGAGUAAAAAGGAAUUGCCUGACUCUCUAGUAAAUAAUAUCCAAUAUAUCAUUGUAUAUAAUUUAUGUUAUAAUAUACUUUUAAAUGUAUUUCAUGGGUGAAUGCAUGUAAGUCCCAUAGAACAGUUCCUGGCAUGUAGAAAGUGCUCAAUAAACAUUAGCUAUCAUCUUG